CUUCCUACAGCGAGUAGACAACGUGCUUUCAUGUAUUGCGGUUAUGGUUGUUGUAGUUAUGUUAAUUUAUGAUUAGUUAUAAGAUAAAAUGAAUCAAGACGAUAUAGUUUGGGGUAUCAUCAACAGAACAUUUUGUUCUUUCAAAACCAACACCAAAGGACAACAAUUUUGCCGGAAUGAAUAUAACCUAACUGGAUUAUGCAGUAGGAGUGCAUGUCCCCUUGCCAACAGUAAAUAUGCCACUAUUAAAGAAGAAAAGGGAAUCAUAUAUCUUUAUAUGAAAACAGCUGAAAGGUUUUUCUUCAUUACAUUAACACCUAGAUGCAAAAUCCUUAUUAUAUUACUAAUUUUUUAUUUUUUUCCAGGGCUUGUUUUCCUAAAAAUUCAUGGGAGAGAAUUAAGUUGUCUAGAAAUUUCGAGAAAGCUAUUUAUCAAAUUAAUGAAAAUCUUUUAUACUGGGAUAAUUUCAUUAGACAAAAAUGCAAACAAAGGUUUGUCAAAAUUACCCAGUAUCUUAUCCGAAUGAGGAAGUUGAAACUCCGAAGACAGAGGAGAAUUAUACCACUUCAGAGGAAAAUAGAAAGAAGAACACGAAGAAGAGAAGAGAAAGCUCUUGUUGCUGCUAAAUUAGAUACUGCUAUUGAGAAGGAACUUUUGGAACGUUUGAAACAAGGAACAUAUGGUGAUAUAUACAACUUCCCCCGAAGUGUGUUUGAUAAAGCUUUAGAAGAAGAAGAAAUAGAAAGGGAUGAUGAAGAAAUCGAAGAGGACACAGAUGAUGAAAUGGAAAUUGAAAAAGAAGUUCAAAAUGAACUAGAAAAGGAUAUGAUAAGAUCUAAACACCAUGAAGAGCAAAUUGAUGAGUAUGUGGAAGGGGAAAGUAGUGAAGAGGAAGAGUCUGACGGAGAAAGCGGUCAAGUUGAACAGAUGGGUUCAGAUUUCGAAUUAUCUGAUGAAGAUGAUGAUAUUGAGGAUACCGAGUUGCCUUCCUCCUCAAGAAAAGGGCCAGCUAAGAAACCACAUGUUGAAAUUGAAUAUGAUUAUGAAGAUACAGCAAGAGAAAUUAACCGAUAAUGUAUUUAUUAUGCUUGUUUCUGUAAAUAUAUGUUUUUUAUUACUA